GGCGGAGCGUUUGCGAGCUGAACUGGAGUAGCAGCGGAGCGGGAGGAGAGACACCGAGCAACGAAGAGCUGCAGAAAACCGUUACACGGGCAGCGCUGCUUUACCUCACGCGCACCGAGCCGCUUUAACGGAGGAUCAGGGCGUGUACCGGUGCGUCUAACGGACAAUCAUGAGCGCCGUUGGACGGGAACCGAAGCGGCAGCGGCUCUGAGCGCGUUUUCAUCGUAGGAAUCGCUCGAGCCGUUUUUUUUUUCGCGGCCGCUCGCGUCACACUGACAUUUAUUAUUUGAAGCGGCAGAUUCCCGGAGCGUUGCGACCUGAAUCCCGGAGCGUUGAUUUUCCCUGACAUCAUCAUCACCAUCAUCGUCGUCCGUCGUCCGGUGUGAACGGGCAUCUUCGGUGGUCGUCGACGGGAAUCCGGGGGAUUUACAGCAGGAUCCGGGGGUGAAAAUCAUCCGCCGCUCGGAUUCUGACAUUCGCGGCGCGUUUCUGUGGGAAAUCGGAUCUUUUUUGAGGAUCUGUCGGCGGGACUAUGGCUGACGACGACGUGCUGUUUGAGGAUGUGUACGAGCUCUGUGAGGUGAUCGGAAAGGGUCCGUUCAGUGUGGUGCGCAGAUGCAUCAACAGAGACACAGGACAGCAGUUCGCUGUGAAGAUCGUAGAUGUGGCCAGUUUCACCUCCAGCCCGGGACUCAGUACAGAGGAUCUGAAGCGAGAGGCGAGUAUCUGUCACAUGCUCAAACAUCCUCACAUCGUGGAGCUGCUGGAGACCUACAGCUCAGAUGGCAUGCUCUACAUGGUCUUUGAGUUUAUGGAUGGAGCGGAUCUGUGUUUUGAGAUCGUGAAGAGGGCCGAUGCCGGGUUCGUCUACAGUGAGGCGGUUUCCAGUCACUACAUGCGACAGAUACUUGAAGCCCUGCGCUAUUGCCAUGACAACAACGUCAUACACAGAGACGUCAAGCCUCACUGUGUGCUGCUGGCCUCUAAGGAGAACUCAGCUCCUGUCAAACUGGGCGGUUUCGGGGUGGCGAUUCAACUGGGCGAGUCCGGUCUUGUGGCUGGAGGUCGGGUAGGGACACCUCACUUCAUGGCUCCUGAAGUAGUCAAGCGAGAGCCAUACGGGAAGCCGGUGGACGUUUGGGGUUGCGGCGUCAUUCUCUUCAUCCUGCUGAGUGGCUGUUUGCCUUUUUAUGGCACCAAGGAGCGUCUGUUCGAAGCCAUUGUGAAAGGGAAGUACAAGAUGAACCCUCGGCAGUGGAGUCAGAUCUCUGAGAGCGCUAAAGACCUGGUGCGGCGCAUGCUGAUGCUGGACCCGGCCGAGAGAAUCACCGUCUAUGAAGCACUCAAUCACCCCUGGCUCAAGGAGAGAGAUCGCUACUCUUACAAGAUCCACCUGCCCGAGACGGUGGAGCAGCUGAGGAAGUUCAACGCUCGGAGGAAACUGAAGGGUGCCGUCCUCGCUGCUGUCUCGAGUCACAAGUUCAACUCGUUUUACGGCGACCCUCCCGAAGACCUCCACGAUUUCUCAGAGGACCCCACGUCUUCAGGAUUGCUUGCUGCAGAAAGGGCCGUGUCUCAGGUGCUGGACAGUCUGGAGGAGAUCCACGCGCUGACUGACUGCAGUGAGAAAGAUCUGGACUUCCUGCACAGCGUCUUCCAGGACCAACAUCUGCACACACUGCUGGAUCUGUAUGAUAAGAUCAACACCCGCUCGUCGCCUCAGAUCAGGAAUCCUCCCAGCGAUGCCGUCCAGAGAGCCAAAGAGGUUUGUUUCCAGCGCAGACUGACCUUCACCUUCAGUCCUGAGGUGUUGGAGACCAUCUCCUGUUACCCCGAGAACAUGGAGGCGAAAGAACUGAAGAGAAUUCUGACGCAGCCGCAUUUCAUGGCGAUGCUGCAGACGCAUGAUGUCGUUGCUCAUGAGGUUUAUAGUGACGAGGCUCUGCGUGUCACACCUCCGCCCACAUCCCCGUACCUGAACGGAGACUCGCCCGAGAGCAUCAACGGAGACAUGGACCUGGAGAACGUGACGCGUGUGCGGCUGGUGCAGUUCCAGAAGAACACGGAUGAGCCCAUGGGAAUCACUCUGAAGAUGAACGAUCUGAACCACUGCAUCGUGGCUAGAAUCAUGCAUGGAGGGAUGAUCCACAGACAAGGGACGCUGCAUGUUGGAGACGAGAUCCGUGAAAUCAACGGCAUCAGCGUCGCCAAUCAGACCGUGGAGCAGCUGCAGAAGAUGCUGCGUGAGAUGCGAGGCAGCAUCACUUUUAAAAUCGUGCCCAGUUACCGCAGUCAGUCUCUGUCCUGUGAUAAAGAUUCGCCUGACCUGUCCAGACAGUCUCCUGCCAAUGGACACUCCAGCGUCACCAGCUCCAUCUUAGAUCUGCCAUCAACUAUUCAGCCCAAAGGAAGACAGAUCUCCAGACCUGCAGUCAAGGAUAAAAUGUUUCGGAAGAUUUACGUGCGAGCGCAGUUCGAGUACGAUCCCGCUAAAGAUGACCUGAUUCCUUGCAAAGAGGCCGGCAUUCGCUUCCGAGUGGGCGACAUCAUUCAGAUCAUCAGCAAGGACGAUCAUAACUGGUGGCAGGGAAAACUGGAGAACACCAAGAACGGCACAGCGGGACUGAUCCCCUCACCGGAGCUGCAGGAGUGGCGUGUGGCGUGUAUAGCGAUGGAGAAGACCAAGCAGGAGCAGCAGGCCAGCUGUACAUGGUUCGGCAAGAAGAAGAAACAGUACAAAGACAAAUACUUAGCCAAACACAACGCAGUCUUUGACCAACUAGAUCUGGUGACGUAUGAAGAGGUGGUGAAGCUGCCCGCGUUCAAGAGGAAAACGCUGGUGCUGCUGGGCGCUCACGGAGUCGGCCGGAGGCACAUCAAGAACACUCUAAUCGCCAAACAUCCCGACAGAUUCGCGUAUCCCAUUCCACACACGACCAGACCUCCGAAGAAGGACGAAGAGAACGGGAAGAACUACUUCUUCGUGUCACACGACCAGAUGAUGCAGGACAUCUCCAACAACGAUUACCUGGAGUACGGCAGCCACGAGGACGCUAUGUACGGCACGCGCCUCGAGACCAUCCGCAAGAUCCACGAGCAGGGCAUGGUGGCCAUCCUGGACGUGGAGCCGCAGGCGCUGAAGGUUUUGCGGACGGCUGAGUUUGCGCCGUACGUCGUGUUCAUCGCAGCGCCGACUAUCACUCCUGCUAUGAACGAGGACGAGUCUCUCCAGCGGCUGCAGAAGGAGUCGGAGGCGCUGCAGCGCUCGUACGCGCAUUACUUCGAUCAGACGAUCAUCAAUAACGAGAUCGACGACACCAUCCGUCUGCUGGAGGAGGCCAUCGAUCUGGUGUGCAGCACUGCGCAGUGGGUGCCCGUGUCCUGGGUGUACUAGCCAUUCCCCACACACACACACACACACACACACACACACACACACACUGAUGGACUCGACAUCCUGGCAACUACCAGCGCGUAGUGUUGUAUAUAUCUAUACAUAUAUAAAUAUCUAUAAAUAUGAAUAUAUAAGUCAUAGAUAUGGUCCUGUACUAAUACCGAGGGGGUUGAUGACAUUUUAUACUGUUUUCUUUUUAAAUGUACGAGACGGCGUCUCAGAGCAAUGAUGAGCACAGUCAGUCCAUCCCAACCUGCGGUCUGUGGGCGUGGCUCCGUGACUCCACCCACUGACAGUAUAUAAGCACACGCACACACACACACACACAUACACACACACACACACACGCGGACGCAGCUGAACUGGCCUCCCGACGCGCCGUUUCAUUUACCCCUCUGUUUACAGACGUAGGUUUGCACAAGGGCAGCAGCGAGGCCGAGCUCUUCCUCCGGCUGCUCCUCUUCCUCUAGAUGUGUCCGUCUCUCCCAGUGAAUCCUCCCGUUGUCCGGCAGCGAGCGCGUGUGCGGUCACAUCCACUCUGAACGGACGACUUCCCUCAUGCCCUGUGUAGUGACGUGUUUGUAAAUUGUCCUGGAUUUGAUUUCUUGUGCAGAACGGGGAGGAAAAUAUUCAUUCCUAGAUCGAUCCUUUCAGAAAAUGUGCUGUCUUAAGAGUAUUAUUGUUUUACUCCGAGAAACACAGAGGAUUUUAUUGUGUGUAAAUGUUUCAAUGGUGCGUACCUUUUGCGAUUGAAAUGAAGUAGUGUGUGCAUAAACAACUGAACAGACUGUGUGAACUCUUCAUUUCAUAUUGCCCUGUGUAAAUUCCUCUGCAAAUGACAAAACUGCUCUUCGAAAUGUUUUUUUUUUAUCUAUUUCCUUUCAUGUGUUGAAAAAGUAAAUUGCUUUUGAAAUCA